AUGCACACGGGGUUCCGCGGCAGCAUCGACGUAGUGGAAGAAUCCAAGCCAGCCCCACCAACACCCACCUUGCAUUACUACAGCAGUCAGCUUGAGAGCCCUCCGUGUUAAAUAAAAAGUACCCUGCUCCGCCGGAACUGUUGGGUAUUUUUCCAACAAUCCCUCUUCAUUCUUUGUCUCUCUUCUCGUCCCUUAUAUCUCACUCCUAAGGUCACAUCUGUCCCAAAGAUUGAAUCGUCAGUUUCAAACAUUUCGUGCGAAAAAAUGUCCAGCACAAUAGCCCGAUCUGACGAACAGCAGAAUGCUGGCACACUCGAACUUAAAGAUGACACCGUCAUCGUAGUACUAGGUGCCUCGGGAGAUCUUGCUAAGAAGAAGACUUUCCCUGCUCUUUUCGGACUCUUCCGCAACAAGUUCCUUCCCAAGGAUAUCAAGAUCGUCGGAUAUGCUCGGACAAAGAUGGACCACGAAGAAUUCCUGAAGCGAGUGCGAUCAUACAUUAAGGUUCCCACCAAGGAAAUCGAGGAGCAGCUGGACAGCUUCUGCAGUCUCUGCACCUACAUCUCCGGUCAAUAUGACCAGGACGACUCUUUCAUUAACCUGAGAAAGCACCUCGAGGAGGUUGAGAAGGGCCACAAGGAGCAAAACAGAGUCUUCUACAUGGCUCUGCCUCCCAGCGUCUUCAUCACUGUGUCAGAGCAACUGAAGAGGAACUGCUAUCCCAAGAACGGCAUUGCUCGGAUCAUCGUUGAGAAGCCCUUCGGUAAAGACCUUCAGAGCUCCCGUGACCUCCAGAAAGCCCUUGACCCCAACUGGAAGGAGGAGGAGAUCUUCCGGAUUGACCACUAUCUGGGUAAGGAGAUGGUCAAGAACAUCCUUAUCAUGCGCUUCGGCAACGAAUUCUUCAACGCCACUUGGAACCGUCACCACAUCGACAAUGUACAGAUCACAUUUAAGGAGCCUUUCGGUACAGAGGGUCGUGGUGGUUAUUUCGAUGAAUUCGGUAUUAUCCGUGAUGUUAUGCAAAACCACUUGCUGCAGGUCCUGACAUUGCUCGCCAUGGAGCGUCCCAUCUCCUUCUCCUCUGAGGAUAUCCGUGACGAGAAGGUUCGUGUCUUGCGUGCCAUGGAUCCCAUCGAACCCAAGAACGUAAUCAUCGGCCAAUAUGGGAAGUCUCUGGAUGGAAGCAAGCCCGCAUACAAGGAGGACGACACUGUCCCUAAGGAUUCCCGGUGUCCGACAUUCUGCGCCAUGGUUGCAUACAUCAAGAACGAGAGGUGGGAUGGCGUUCCCUUCAUUUUGAAGGCUGGAAAGGCCCUGAAUGAGCAGAAGACCGAAAUCCGUAUCCAAUUCCGCGAUGUCACAUCUGGUAUUUUCAAGGAUAUCCCUCGUAACGAGUUGGUUAUCCGAGUGCAGCCCAACGAGUCGGUGUACAUCAAGAUGAACUCCAAGUUGCCUGGCUUGUCCAUGCAGACCGUCAUGACUGAGCUGGAUCUCACCUAUCGCCGCCGUUUCUCUGACUUGAAGAUUCCCGAAGCCUACGAAUCGCUUAUCCUGGACGCUCUGAAGGGUGAUCACUCUAACUUUGUGCGUGACGAUGAACUCGACGCAAGCUGGAAGAUUUUCACGCCUCUCCUGCACUACCUUGACGACAACAAGGAGAUCAUCCCCAUGGAAUACCCCUACGGCUCCCGAGGACCCGCUGUUCUUGAUGACUUCACUGCUUCGUUCGGCUACAAAUUCAGUGAUGCUGCUGGUUACCAGUGGCCCAUGACCAGCACUACCCCCAACCGUUUGUAGAGGGAUGGGAUAUUGCAUGACUAUGAAAUAAGAAAAAGCAUUAAUGUACGAAUUUCCGUUGAUUUCAUGAUGUCUGGGUCGUUAUGGCAGGUUUUUCUUUAGUGCUUGAUCAGCCGGAUAUGCUUUGAUAUGUUAUUAGAAAUGAAGAAGCUUAUGAACACGAUCAGACCAGGACGCUGGUAUAACGGAUGUGGGUAUGUAACAUGCAAGCCGUAUCGCCUGAUUGAAAGGAUGUCGUCUUUAUCCUGAUGAGCGUCAAGAGGAAUUCACUACGCUGCCUUAGGUCCAUAUAAC